AAUCCCAAUGUACCGGCUAAUAAGCUUCAUCAUUGGGUUGCCGCCUUUGCACAGCUUUCCCCAGCUUCUCAAGUACAAGGAUCGGUACUUCUAAACUCUAUUAUGCCCAAUCAAUCUUCAACUGCUUCUCGUCCCAACGUCACCCCCGUCGCCAAAGUCUUAUUUGACAGUUCCAAGGAGGUGCUCUCAUCCGGCACCAUCGACUCCACUUACAACUUCGGGAUCCAUUCAUUUAUUCAAGAUCUCGCUGACGCUGGACAAUACUGUCCGCUCACGCUGUUUUCGGCUGAAAACACUGAACGUCUACAUCGGGAAGGCCAUUCCCUUAAGCGCACCAAGACUCACGUUAACGGGCUAUCACACCAUCUCCUUGAUCUCUCACAAUUUGAGAGCGAAGUCAACCUCGACACUCUCACUUGGCAAGAAGCGUACCAACGAUACCUCACUUGGAUCGCCGAUGUCGGCGAUCAAGCAUCCCUCAAGCGAUGGACCAAUCAUUUCUCUCUGCUCUCGAAGGACGAAGCCGUUCGCAAGAAUUUUCGUGCCAUUCUCGAAUUCGACAUCGAGACCCGUCAGAACUACGCUCUCCGC